AUGUCCGGCGAACGAUACCCGUCCCCCAGCGGUGCAUCCGGCGAGCAGAACGUCGGCUCUCUGCCAUUCUACUCUCAGCAACCUGUGCAAAAUCCGCAGGCGGAGCAUGAGCAGCAGCGACAUCAGCAUGAAGGACAGAAUGCGCCUGAUGCCGGUCCCGGCGCGAACGCUGACGAGCGACCGCAACAGCAAGGCGCAAUGCAAGAUGAUUCGCAACUACGGGAGGAGCUGUCAAGCAUGAUAGGCAGCUUCGGUCAGUAUCCGCCGGUGAUGCAGCAGCAGCAGCAUCAGGGUCCUCAGCAACCGCAAUAUCAGAACGGCGGAGGACUUCCACUACCGCCGUCACCGUUUGUACAACAGGCGGGCGGAGAGCAGUCUACGCGGAACACCCCUAGGACUAAGACGAGCAGGGCAUGUGACGAGUGUAGGAGGAAGAAGAUCAGAUGCGAUGCCUCGGACGAAACGGCCAACCAGCCGUGCUCGAGCUGCGUGCGGACAGGCGCUAGGUGCGCUUUCAGCAGGCAGCCCAUGAAGCGCGGGCCCAGCAAAGGCUAUAUCAAAGAGCUGGCGGAGCGUCUGAACACGCUGGAGAAGCAGGUUGGUCCUGGUGGUAAUCCGGAAGUCAACGACGGCCUACGAGAGGAGGUGCGCCGGGUACAGAGGGAGAUGCAGCAAGUGCAGAAUAUGCAUGAUGGCAUGGGAAUACUAGACCCAAGAGUCGGUGAUAAGAGAUCGCAUGCCACGUCGGAGAUGGCACACGGUCAACCUCAGACACCAAUGCAGCAUCAACAGCACCAACAGCCAGGGCAGUAUCCGCCUCAGCCACCUCAGCAACAGCUCUAUUACGCUCCGCCAUACCAGCCUCAAACGGCAAAGAUGGGCCAGCAGUCAGGCCAGCAGCCAUUUUGGAGGCACGGCGCGCCCGCUACCACGCAAGAAGACACAGCUCUCAACCAUCGCGCUGCGGAAGAGGUUGGGCCGGCAAUCAACAACUUCGACUGGGAUGAAUCGAUCAUCAAUGAAUACUAUCGCAUCAUCCACCAGACUUUCCCUCUGCUUCCCAACAGCAAGCACCGUCUGCGCCAGCGUCUGGGCGAGUGUCCAGGAUCACUACGAGAUGCUUUUCUGGCUGCGCUGGACUGCUUGAUGCGCACGUUCCCAACCACUUCUCUGGCGCCGAACGCAAACUACGCACAAGCGAUUAAGAAGGCUGCCGAGUUGCUUGCGAAAUAUCCUUUCGACAACCCCAGCUCUCAUACAAACGCUACGAAUUUGGUGUAUCUGCAGACGCUGUUACUCAUGGCGUUAGAAUGCGACAACCACGGCCCAGCCACGAUUCGAGGCGAAGCUGGACCAAGCCGUGCAGAGUGGCUCGGCAGAGCGGCGGGUGUGGCUGGGCAGCUAGAGAUCAACGUCAUUCGGACUGGAGCCUCGCAAUCACUUCUCGACGGCGACAGAGACAGCGAGGAACGGCUUGCUCGGCGGGUGUGGUGGGUGCUGUUUAUCCUUGACAGAUGGCACGCGAGCAGUACGGCAGACUUGCUCAAACUUCCUGAGAACUCAGUCGUUCUGCUACCGGAAGAUCAGAUGCUGCUAGGAGAGUCAACAUACCAUCUCGCGCGCCUCUCCUUCAUCGUCGGCCACUUGGCCGCAAUCCUCACCACAACCAAAAGGCCCUCUACAGAUGUCAUGGCGCCCACCAAUCCGGCUUCAGCCCUCCUCGGCCUCACACUGGCAGGCGAGAUCGACCGCUUCCGCGAAUCCGUCGAAAGCGUCUGGGGCUCCCUCAACCUCGUCCACCUCAGCUACCACCACUGCCACCUCCUCAUCAAGCGCCUCAACCCCACCACUGAACCGGUGGAGAUGGUCGAGCACGCCGUCAAAGUCGCUACAGUGCUGAAUUCCCGUAUGACGCCCGUGACGCCGCUGAACCACCAUUUUGGUGCUUUAGCGGCUAUGACGUUGUGCGAAUUGUGCGAUGUCCCGAAGACGAGGGCUGAAGCUCUGCGUGGGCUUGAUCAGCUGUCUGAGGCACUUGGCGAGGGCAGAGGGCUAGCGGGCAAGACGGAGAGUGAAGGUUGGGAUGGCGCUGUGCGGGAGCUUGUCAAUAGGAAGAGAGAGCGGAUGGCGCAGGGAGCUGGCGGAUUGGAGACCUUGGCCGAGGCGGCGGGGAGUGAGGGGCAGGGGUUCGAUCCUACGGGUUUGACGAGGCAUGGGUAUUUGAGUGCGCUGGGGCAGGGGAGGUUUAAAGCGUGA